AUGAGGGAGGAACCAGCCGAAUCGACACCAGUUUUGCCAGAGUGUGUGCCGGUGAGGAAAGUCCUGAAACCCUCAGUUUGGACCAGACUGGGUAAUCGCAUGGAAGAGCCCAUGAUAAAGAAACGAUCGUCCCGUUGUCCGUUAAUGGGAUGUACGUCAGAUUCUCGCCAUUUAAGCCGACAUGUCUACCAGAGGCAUCUUCCUGAGCGAUUUCAGCUAGGCAAUUUGGCGAAUCCGGCUUGGCAGGUAGCUAGGUUGCGAGGGCUUAGAUGGCUCCCUCUACAGCUCGUCGGAGACGAUCAGCUUGGUACCCUGCUAGACUUUGCCCAGAAACAUGACUUACGAAUCAACGCGGAGGCUCUUCUUGCCCAUUGGCGUGUCCUUCUUGGUCUGCUGAAACACAUUCCAAGGGAUCGGCAAGUUUACUUCUUCAACCUGGACAAUCAGGGUACCUCUAGUACCGUCCCGGCUGUGGCUGGGUUACAUGUUCAAAUACCCGACGUGGAGCAUCAAAGUGCCCCAACACCCGCGGUUGUGGCGGUGACUGAACCUGCAGGAAGUGGAACGGCUCAUGCUGUUUCUAAUUCUCUAGUGAAAUUGGGUUUGCCGUAUUACUCAGAUAUCCGGACCAUUCUGGAUGCAGAUGUAGGGAUCAGACCCCAAGUUGAAGUGGAUGUGGUAGGAGGUGUCCUGAUCUAUUGUGACCCCGAGACCUACCCAACAUCUUUCCCGGCUCAGGCUGGGUUUGGUGUCGCGGUGGGAUUACAUCCCCGGAAAGCAGCACGAUUCAAUCCUGAGCUCUACCGUCAUUUAAAGCAGCUCCUGAGGAACGAAAGAGUAGUGGCACUGGGAGAAGUUGGGUUGGACCGAACCGAGCCAUCAGAUACUUGGGGGCUACAGGAGGAAGUUCUGACAGGGAUACUAGAGUUGUCAUCCCCUUGUCAACCAAUCAUCCUUCAUAUCCGGGAUGGGGAGGAUCGGCAGUCCGGAGUGCUGUAUCUGGAAUGUCUUGAAUUGUUAAAUCCCAAUGUUGCUCGGACGCAGAAAGUGGUGCUGCAUUGUUUCACCGGCGCGCAAGAGGUAGUGGUUAGCUGGUGUAAGGCGUUCCCUAAUUGUUUCUUCAGUUACUCAGGACAAGCCCGGCUUUUCACGGAGGCGCAGAAACAGGCAGUACGGAGGGUCCCGGCGAACAGGCUGUUGAUAGAAACUGACUCGCCAUACUUUCGAACAGCUGGGGCUCGGAUGUGCACUCUAUCCUUUUUAGGGGCGUCGCCAACGUUAUUGCGUCAUAUCGGGAUGGCGAGGUCAGGGACGUGUGCCAGCUGA